CUCCAGUUCAUUUUAGUGGUCCUUAUCUUGUUCGUCCAGCAUUGGUUGAAUGUUGCAAUAUUUGUUUGAAUGAAGUUCCUUUAAUUACUGAUUGUGUUGAUCCUCCUUUAUGUUUAGAACAAAUAUUCCAUCAUUUCUAUCAAUUCUAGUAAAUGGUUGUUUAACUUCAUCAAAUAAUUGUCCUCUUAGUUUAAUAGCUGCUGGCCCAGUUUAUUACAAAACAACAAAAAAUUUGUCAAAAUUUUUUCAAACUGAACAAAUUUCGAUUUUAACGAUUGGAAGGGAUAGAGAAGAAUGUGUUUCAAGACAAGCUGAAAUUUUUACUAUUUUGAAAAAUUUUUUGAAAAAAAUCUUGGAGGAGGAAGAACUUGAAGUAUCUGUAAAACAACCAGAAAAUCUUCAACUUUGGGAACGUUCAUCGUUAAGUAUUGGUAGAGGAUUUGAUGAAAUUGGUGGCGAUAAAAUAAGUCAAAUUGCUUCUUUUUCGAAUAUUGGUAUAAUUUUAAACUAGUGCAUAAGGGUUG